AUGGCCUUUUGGAGGUUAUCAAAUACCUUCUCGACGGCCUCGCCGAUCGAUAAGAUCCUCGACCAGCAAGACUUUACCCUGACAGACAUUCUUCAUGAGCCCGAUGUCAUCCAGGAACUCAUUGCGCCCAAUACAAAACUUGUCGAGUAUCUCCGUGAACCAGAAACUAUGCGUCAGCUUGUUAAGCUAGUUACCGAUGUUCAGGUCAGAGAAGAAGAGCACGAAAAGAAACGGCUUUUGCAACAGCAGCAGCAGCAACAACAACAACAACAACAACAAUCAGAAAAAGAUGUAGAAAUAUCCCAAGAAUCACCUACACUUGAAGAACCCUCUGCUGAAAAUAGUAGGAAAGAAACUGAUGAAAAAGCCAAUCAACAAGACCAAAAUGAACAAAACGAAGACGCUACUAAUAAUAUUAAUAAUAAUGAACAAAAUGAUUCUACGAAAAAUACCUCGGAUAAUACCUCCAGUAAUGAUACACCUAACGAACCUAAUGAAUCUAACGACUCCAAUGACUCUACUCAAAAAGAUGAUGAUGAAAAUGAUGAACAAGAACAAAAAUCCCAGCAAAACUUACCUCCAUUAGCUGUCGACCUUUACAAUGAAGAGGAAGAAGAAGACGAAGAUGAAGACGCCACUGCUUUGCACUAUGGCCAUGUCGCCUCAGAGAUCCUUUCUGCCGAAGUCUGGUCUAUCACAGAAGCAUUCAUGGCCUGUCCAGAACUUUUGGAAGACCUUUGGAAGAUCCUCGACCAUGCUCCACCCUUGUUUAUGGAUUACGUCAACUACUUUACUAAAAUCAACGAGGCCCUGCUGGACCGCAAAACAGACGAAAUGCUGGCCUUUAUCAAAUCUCAAGACAAUUUUGUUCAGAGAUUUAUGAAGCACGUUGACAAUCCUCCUUUGAUGGAUUUUUUGCUCAAGGUCAUUUCCUCAGACAAGCCAGAGGCCCCAACAGGAAUCAUUGAGUUUCUUCAACAACAAUGUCUCAUCCCCUCAUUUAUUGCGUUUCUUGGACCAAACGUCUCCCCAUCAACCCAGUCUGCUGCUGGAGACUUCCUCAAGGCUUUUGUCGCCAUUUCUGCAAACUCAAACUCGGACAAUACUACCAUUGGCCCCAAUGAGCUUUCUCGUGAGCUUGUUUCCGAGCCUUGCAUCAAGGAACUUGUUCGUCUCAUGCUAUUUGGCGGUACAGGACUUGCUACCGGUGUUGGUGUGGUAAUUGAAAUCAUUCGUAAAAAUAACUCGGAUUAUGACGCAACCCCAGUAAUCAACACUACACUCGAGUCCCACCCGCCCUCAUCGCGUGACCCCAUCUAUCUCGGAACCUUGGUCCAGAUUUUUGCAGACAACAUCCCAAACUUCCACAACAUGCUGACCAAGCGCCACAACGAAAUCCUCAAAACCCCCUUUGGUCAGAUUGAGCCCUUGGGCUUUGAGCGAUUCAAGAUUUGCGAGCUCGUCGCUGAGUUGCUUCAUUGCAGUAACAUGGCUUUGCUUAAUGAUACUGCUGGUGCAGAGAUUGUUCGAGUCCGUGAUAAAGAACGCAAUCGAAUCAAGCGCAUCAUGCAGCGUGCUGCUGAAGGUGUUGAUUACGAUGAAAAUGCUCUUUAUGAAGAUGAAGACGAGAUCAAAGUCCAUGCCAAAGAGCUGAAUGAAGAAGAAGAAGAGCCUGAACACAAGCCUGAAGAUGAUGUAGCCAUGGUUGACGUCAACAGCAACGAUGUUGAAGAAAAACUCAAAACUCUUCAAGUCAAUGAGUCCUCUGGUAUUGAGCUUACGAGUCCCGAUUAUCCUAGCGCAAACCAGUUCCGUGAGGCACCUGUUGUUGGAGACAAGCUUAAACUUGCCUUGUAUGACAACCAGGUGAUUACCUACAUUUUGAAUAUGUUUUUCCGGUUCCCCUGGAACAACUUUUUGCACAAUGUUGUGUUUGAUAUUGUGCAGCAGGUUCUCAACGGCCCCAUGAAUGGUGGCUUCAACCGGUAUCUUGCGAUUGACUUGUUCCACAGUGGGCGUCUCAUUUCGCUUAUUUGCGAGGGCCAGCAACAGUGCGCAGAAUACCAGUCUACCCACAAGACCCGCCUCGGGUAUAUGGGUCAUUUGACGUUGAUUUCCGAGGAGGUCGUCAAAUUCACUGCAGUGUUUACACCAGCCUCUGUGUCGCCGAUUGUGGAGAAGUGCGUUUCGGAUGAAGCAUGGGAUUACUAUGUGAUGCACACUCUCACACGGAUCCGUGAGCAGUACAAUGCUAUUUUGGGUGGCCAGGACGCUGAAGACUCGCCAAUUCAUACAAACCCAGAUGCCAUUAUUCUGCGUAAUGAUGACCAGCCAUUUGACGAUGAUGAAGAAGAGGAAGAUGACGAUGAGGACGACGACGACGAUGAUGACAAUGAGGAUAAACGGUUUGGGUACGAGGAGAAUGGAGGAGAUGACGACGGCGAAUAUGGCCGACGGGCACUGAGGAGCCCCGAGGAUGGUGAGGGAGAUUUCCAGCGCCGAUCACGUCGUGGCAGUCGUGGUGAAGAGGAGGCUAUAAUGGGGUAUGAUGAAGAUGAGUCUUCGAGCGAUGAGGAGGAUCAGGGUAGAGCCGGAAGACAAUACGAAGGCGAGACUGCGCCGCUACAGCCCAAAAAGAGCAAUGAUUCCAGUGGGUCGGGUAAGGUGUUUUUGUUUGGGUCCAAAAGAAGUGAUGAUGAGGAAGAAGAGGAAGAAGAUAAUGAUAAUGAUGAUGAAGAAGAAGAAGAUAAUGAUAAUGAUAAGGAAAAAAAGGGAGCGUAUCACAGUGAUGAUGACGAUGAUGAGGAAGAGGAGGAGGAGGAAGAAGAAGAAGAAGAAGAAGAAGAAGAAGAAGAAGAACAGUCGACUGUUCCUGAUGAUGAUGAAGAUGAAGGGCUUGGACUUGUGCGCAGCCAGUCGCACCACGAAAUGAAUUGGAACCCAGAAGAAGCUCAGCGCAUUGUGGAGACGUAUCAGCGGGAAAAAGAGGCAUCGCCUUGA